AUGUCGACUUCGCGUAGGAAGGAGGUGUUCGUCAACCGACCGAAAGCAAAGGCGACCGAGAUCCCGUGGCAAGAACCGCCCGCGGCGACGAAUCCGGUGGUGAAGGGUUACGCUCUCCAUCUGGGGGCCAUCGCGUAUGUAGGCAAAAUUAUUCCCCCCUCACCCCCGUCACGCCCAACAACGGACAUCGGACGUGGGACAUGCGCGCGCGCGCGCGGUUUUAGAUGACUGAUUGAUUGCUGUUGCGAGCAGGAUUUCCAAUUUGCAUUUCGUCCAGAGUCUGCUCUGGGGCAAUGCCGGCUUCAAUGGCCUGCGGAAUCGGGUGGAAUUGGAGGGGUUCGCGCCGAGGUAUGAUCCGACGGUGAUGAAGGUGGAUGGCGAUGUGGUGAGUAGUAGUAAGCAGACGACGGACGACGAGGGGGAGGAGGGGGGAUAUGGUGUCCAGAAGAAGCUGCUGGAGGAAGCCUGGGAGGGGAAGAGGCCGACUUCGACGGCGCAGGUUUCGGUUCUGGAUUACACGGAAGCGUAUCGAUCGGGUCAAUUGACGCCUACGGCUGUGGCCCAGGCACUGCUGCCCUUGAUCCGGAAGGACGCCACGCGGCACUCGGUGGCUUUCUUGCAGGUGAGGGAGGAUUUGGUCUUGCAGGCGGCGGAGGAGAGCACGAAGCGAUAUCGAGCAGGACGACCACUCUCGCCACUGGAUGGAGUUCCGGUCGCCGUCAAAGACGAGGUGGAUGUGGCGGGGUAUCGGAAAUGCUUUGCUUCGCGAUUGGACUUCACGCGGAAGGACGACGCUACGAGUUUCUGUGUGCGCAAGUGGCAGGAAGCUGGGGCUGUUCUGAUGGGGAAGACGAUAAUGCAUGAAUUGGGCAUCGACACGACGAAUAAUAAUCCCAUCUUUGGGACGCCGCGGAAUCCGAAUAAUGAUCAGUACUACACGGGAGGGAGCUCGGGAGGCAGUGCGUAUGCCUGUGCCGCCGGAUUGAUGCCUUUGGUCCAGGGCAAUGAUGGCGGGGGGAGUAUACGCAUCCCAGCGAAUUACUGUGGACUGUACGGGUUGAAGACGAGCCAUGGCCGGGUCAGCAGUAGUCCAUCGUUGAAUCUGGCGAGGAGCACGGGUGUCUGUGGCCCUAUGGCGGCGAAUAUGGUGGAUUUGGAGAUUGGAUAUCGAAUCAUGGCACAGCCUGAUGGGGAAGAUGCAGAUUCGAAGUUGUUCCAAGCGCCGGGGUCGAUUCCUCCUCCGGACCGCAAGAAGAUUCUGGGCAUCUAUCGGCCUUGGUUCGACCGGGCGGAUCCCGUCGUCAAGGAGGCUUGCCAGAAGACUCUCGACCACUUGACGUCGAAAUUGGGCUAUGCGACCGUCGACAUCACCCUCCCUCUCCUCCACGAUGCUCAGAUGGCCCACGCCAUGACCAUCCUCACCGAGUUGAACACCGGCCUCGAUCCCAAGGACACCCACAAGCUCUCGGCGCCCACGAAAGUCCUCGUCAGCGUAGGCCGACAGACAACCUCCGUCGAUUUCCUGCAAGCCCAGCGCCUGCGCGAACUCCUCAUGCAGCACCUCGCAUACCUCUAUGAGAAACACCCGGGCCUCAUCAUCGUGACCCCGACCACCCCCAACGCGGGCUGGCGGAUCGAAAGGGGCGAUCUCUCCCACGGACUGACGAAUGGGAAUAUGCAAGUGCGGAAUAUGGAAUAUGGUACGUCCUUCCUGACCCUCCUAUCCCAAAGAAGCCACCUUCUUCCCUUUCCUUCCUUCCUUCCUUCUCUCUCUAACAUUGGACUCUGACUCUUCUCCCUUACCUUAGUCUACCUCGCAAACUUCACCGGUAACCCCGCCAUCACCCUCCCCUGCGGCUACACCGACCCGCUCCCGGGCACUUCCUCCCCCGGCAGAAUCCCCCUCGGUCUCAUGGGUAUGGGCGAUUGGUGCGGUGAAGACGACCUGCUGGCUUUCGGGUACGACUGCGAGAGCUAUCUCGGUUCCAGCCGGGAGCGGCCGGGCAAUUGGGUCGAUGUUUUGGAAUUGGCUGGUGCUGCUGGUGCUGGUGUUGAUGUUGAUGCUGAUGGUGGUGGUGCUGAUGGUCAAUAA